AUGGCUGCCUUUCUGCGCGUGCUGGUGCUGUUGCUGGUGUGCGGUGCGUGCUGGAGCGGUGCGGCGGCGCAGGGCCCCGCCAACCUGACCCUGGUGCAGGCCAACUCGACGGCGACCGUGGAGCAGCAGGGGGCCGCCACGCUCAGCCUCAAGUUCACGCCGUCCACUGUGCAGCUGGCAGGGAUUGUCGAGAUCAACGCGACUAGCUGCAGCGGAGCGGGACUGCCCGCAGAUGUGGUGCUGCUGGGCACCAACAUCAGCACUUUGCCCCCCAACAUCAACAUCAGCGCGAGCUCGCUGGGGUCCAACAUUGGCAGCUUCUCCCUCACCAACCUCACGCUCAAUAUCUCCGCUCUGAGCUUCCCGGUGAACCCAUCCAACGGCAGCUUCCAGGUGGUGGUCAACACGGGGACGGCCCACGUGGACGCUCUCAACGGCACGCUGACCGGCAACCAGAUCAACCAGAUGGACGUCAGCCUGCAGUUUCAGAACCAGUCCGCCGUCGUCAACGGCUCCUUCGUCAAGACGGCUGGUGGACUGGACAUGAGGGCGUCGUCAGUCGUAACCAUCCCUCUGAGUGAGAUCGUGGAUGCGGCAGGCUUCGGCGGCAACGCUCUGGUGACGACCGCCACAGCCGGGGGGUCCAUCCAGAUUCCCAUCAAUCUUCUAGCCAGUGGCAACAACACGUGCGCCAACCCAACGCCGAGCUGA